UGAAACUGCUGGAGACUUGUCAGAUCAUAUCAUAAACGAAAGCUGCAGCUUUUCUUCUUGUUUCCCGAACGAAAUAUGGCAAAUGUGGGUAACAGCUGUCGCUUUGUUAGCUGGUUAGUGAAUUCUGAUUUAAAUCACCCCGACAGCACUGAUGAUGAUGAUGAUGAUGAUGAUGGUAUUUCUGAAGAUGGACUGAAGAUGUGUGAAUGUAACGCUCCAGUCGCUGAACUGGAUUCAGGUCUGUUUGAGCCUGAGGAAGAGUACCAUCUACCCCGGAGCAGCCCUGUCAUAUCCCGCAAGAGACAGAACACAGAGACAGAAAAACAGUUUGGUCUGUCUUUGACACCUCCAAUAUGGGAACUAUCUAUCUCCCCAACUGUGAAAUCUAACUGUUCAAGUCUGCACAGACUGGUAGAGUCCAGUCGCUCACAGGAAAAGAGAAACCUUGAUCACGGUGUUUCACCCAAGGGCUCUUCAGGACACACACAGCUCCUCUCAGAUAGUCAUGGCACAGUGAAAGGAGUUUCACCUGUCUCUAAGGACACUCGCAGCCACUCUUUUGUUUCUGGGCGAUUUCAUGAGGGUUUGCAGUCAAAGACUAAAAGAAGAGCCUGCUCUGACCUCCCACCAGCAUCUGUUCAGAGGAGCUCAGACCGAGCUAAGAAACAUGGGUCAUGUGUAGAUCACUCCACUGCAGACUUCUACAGUCUGGACCAGGAAAACGCUCAUUUUGUGGUUGUGGAUAUGGUGCUGGAAAUGCUGGAGGCCGUGAAAUGGGUCGUGUGUUUGCAGCAGUUACAAAACACUCAUCCUCCUCACCAGGACAGAUGUGAAAAACCAAAUACCUCAAAAACCGACUCAAUCUAUUCUUUUGACAGCGGGUUUGAGGACGACAGUGCCCCCAAACUAUCUCCAAACAGAUACUCCCUGGCUUCUUUUCAGAGUUGUCUACAGAGCUCCGAAAUGCAGUGUUCUGCCGAAGAUUUAGCCCACCAUUUGGUGUCAGAGUUCAGGAAGCAGUGGUUCCCCUCUGAGCUACUGCAAAACCCUGACAACCUCGACUCUGCUCUGCAGGAAGUCUCUGUCCCUUUUAUGGCAGAUGACAGGAUCCGUCUGACUGAAGAGAUUGUGCAGAAGACCAGAAUGAGAGGAACACUUACCUGGGCUCCACCCAGAUUUCAGAUCAUCUUCUUUGUCCAACCAACACACAGGCGCAGUGAUGUUAUUGCUUCCCAGAACUUCCUGUGUGCAGGCUGUGGGACUAAAAUCGAGCCCAGGUAUAUGAAGAAGUUGCGGUAUUGUGACUACCUGGGUAGAUACUUUUGUGAUGGCUGCCACGGAGGUUUGGAAUCAGUGAUUCCAGGUCGGGUUCUGAAGAACUGGGAUUUUGCACGAUAUCCAGUUUGCCAUUUCUCCAAACAGUUACUGGACUCUAUAUGGCAGCAACCGCUCUUCAGACUUACAAGUGUGGCCAAGAACCUGUACAGUCAGGCCAAAGAGCUGCAGCGUUUCAGAGAACUACAGGAGCAACUUGUAUCCAUUAAAAAACUUCUGAGCACAUGCAGACUAUCAGCUGGAGUACUUGACGAGUUUGAACAACUUCCUGCUCAUCUGAUACAGGAACUACAUCUCUUCUCAAUGCAUGACCUCAUCGGGGUAAAAAAGGGUCAGCUCUGUACCAUAGCGAAAGCAUUGAUACAGUCUGCUGUCACUCACAUAGACAUCUGUGAGCUGUGUCAGGCCAGAGGUUUUAUCUGUGAGUUCUGUCAUGGGGAGGAUGUGCUUUUCCCUUUUCAGAGAGACACCUGCACCCGCUGCCAAGACUGCAGAGCCUGUUUCCACAUCUCAUGUUUCCGUGAUGAAUCAUGUCCCAAAUGUGCCAGACUGCAAAAACGAAAGACACUUCAGGAAGACAUCAAUUUAUGAAUUAAUUUUAAAGCUGUGUAAAAACAUCCAGGUGUUCAGAGUUCUUGGACUGGUCAGCUACUGACAUGCAUUAUAUGCUGUAAUUGUAUAAAGCAUAGAUUCAUAUAUUUUUCAUAUUGUUUGAUGUUGUACAUUGCAUUUCCAUUAAGUAACAACAAGCAUUGUAGUGUGUGAACACAGAGCCAUGCCAACAUCUAUUAUGGUCAUAUUUGGAGUGGUUACAGAGAAUCAGGAUUCAUUUGAGAGCCAGAGAAUUUGUUCACUCAGAUUUAUAAAACACACAGCUGAAAUUUGAACAUUAAAAUUCAUCUGUACACAUUUA